UCGGCGGGAUCAACUCCCUUCUGGGUUGCAACAUUUCCCUGCUUUCAAGAAAAGCUUCCAGUAACAAAAUAACAGAUGUUGUGUCACGUCCUGCUGUAGUUGCACUCCACACGGAAGGGAAGUAGCUCAGAGGUGCAAAGUAAGGAAGUGGCUGGUGGCUGUCACGGCUCCAUUUGGAGUUCUGUUGAAAGAAAGCAGGUGCCAGGGCUGUUGCAGAGACCAGACUCAUUCACAGAGGGACCAGGACCAUGCAGGUGCUCCUUCGGCUCUGGGUUCUCUUCCCAGGCUGCUGCGCAGGAAUAGACCUUUUGUCACUGACAGAUCUUAACGCAGUGACGGGCCCGGAGAUGGCGAUGGGACCUGAAGGUGGUUCGGUGUCUGUGAUGUGCCACUAUAGGAAAGGCUACGAAGAGUAUCGAAAAUUCUGGUGCAGAGACGACCCGGUAUCGUGCUUGGGCAGCUACAUCAUAGAGACCACAAGGUCGGAGGCUGAGGUGUGGCAGGACCGAUUCUCCAUCCAGGACAACCACACCCAGCGUACCAUCACGGUGACCGUGGAAAACCUGGUCAUGGCGGAUACCGGCACCUACCUGUGUGGGAUUAGAAGGACACUGAGAGUUGAUCCCUCACACGCUGUGAAACUGCUUGUGUCUCCAGCCUCCACAAAGCCGACCUCAGCUGCUAAGGAAGAAGAAGCCAAUUUCCCUAACCAACACCCCACCCCAGCAGGGUCCAAGGUCAGAAGCAUCCAUUUCCUGCUCCUGGUCGGCUUGAAGGUGCCCGUCUUCCUGUGCAUGGUCUGUGCCGUGGUGUGGGUGAGCGUGCGCUACAGGGCUAGCUCCAGUGACACGGUGCCACACAGACGUGAUCAUGACCUGCCUCGCUCCUAGGCCCGGGAAGGGCCUCAACUCUCACACCAGCAAUGCCUCCACCUGCCCUGCGUUCAGCGUCUCCCAGGUGCUCGACCUGAUUCUCCGCUCCCUUACACUGAAGUUGAUUUGGAGCAAAGUCACAGGAGUUCCCCUGGGAACAGCACUUUCACCCUGGGACAAAUCCAGGAUCCUCUCCUUGUGGAGAGUAAGGCCCAGGAUGUCUUUUCCUAGGUCUUCAGGGAGUGGAGGGGCGCAAAGAUCUGGGAUUUGUGUAUAUCAGGGUUUAAGGUUAUCAUAAUAAAUCAAAUCUCUUUUCUUUUAAAGACGAGGACUGUUUGGAUAAGACCUGAGAAAGCUUCAGCAAUGCAGGCUUCCACAGUACUCCAGUCCGCUCCUUGUCCCACAAGGUCAAUUGGCAAAGCAUCCCCUCAGGUAUUAUGCAGGGAUAUCCGGAGACUGAAUAAUAAGCUGUCAAGUACUUAUAGGUCAGACUCUUUUUUCCCUCCCUUCCUGGUUUUGAGGAGGGUGCUGCAUUUCCUAUUCAUUGUGCGAGAGUGGUUGUGUUCUUUGUUUUGUGCCAAGGCCAGCCAGAGCCCUGGAGAGACCCUGUGAAGUAUUAGAAAUCUCCAGAUAAAUUUUAAAAAGAUUACAAGCCAUAACAUGCUGGCAAGGCCAACAAGCAAGAUGCAGACCCUUGAAGGCUGCCUAAGACAAGUGCAUAGACUCAUCUCAUACAGGUUUUCUUCUCUACCUGGAUAUUGUGUCGGGGUGACAUGUAGGGGGUGCAUGUGAGUGCACAUGCACCCCCUGAGCAUGGCUGUGCACCCACUAUAAAAAGAUGCUGCUGACACUGUCAUCAGCGCCUGUGGGCAGUCGCCGGUCACCACCCCACUGCCAAUAAUACCGGUGGCGUCUGCGGGUGGUUGCCGACCCCUGACCAGCGGGCGCACCCCUCCACCGAGAGUGCCAGCGGCAUCUGCAGGAGCUCCCGCGUACCACCGCCGCACUCCCACUGCAGCCACCACGCUCCCGCAGCCACCGUGCCCUUCCAGCCGCCAGGGGCACACGUCGUUCAUGUAUGAAGUGCUGGCUGUGGUAUUAUUGUGUUGUGCUAGUUUAAUUGUAGCUGACUGGCUGCAUGGUACCCUCUUGUGUCUUAUCAAUCUUAAAAUUAAUAAAAUGUUUUACAUUAAGUUACCAGAACAUUUCACUGACCAAACACUAACAUCCACCGAGAGCCUCCAGCAUGCAGUGGCGUCCAGCUCACUGGU